AAAUUUACAACAAUGUAUAAAGGAAGAAUAUGUUCUUGAAAAAGUAUAUCGAAUUUUAGGUUUCGAACAAUCACCAUGGGUGGAACUAUACAUUGCAAUGAAUACUCAACGACGUGCAAAAGCAAAGAAUAUCUUUGAAAAAGAUUUCUGGAAAUUAAUGAAUAACUCAGUAUUUGGAAAAACUAUGGAAGAUAUAAGAAAACAAGUGAAUAUAGAUUUAGUUAGACAGUGGAUAAUUAAUGAUGAAGGUAAGCAUGUCUUAAAAAAUACAAAAGUUAUAGAUAAGUGGAAGGACAAAAAUGGAGGAGAUCGUGUUAUUGGCUAUGCAGGAGUUCACGCAAAAUGUUAUAAUGUUGUCUGUGAAAAUUCAUGA